GAACAAACGAGCAAACGAACCGCGAAGCCGCCUACGGCUCAACUGCGAAACCAUGAAACGAAACGCCAAGUUCUCACAAAUGAUUGCAUGUCUCGCGAGCGGGGAAAAACUCUUCACUUCGUCUACUCCCUCUUUCUCACACUCAACUAACUAACGGUGAAGACAGGCGUAUAUAUCAACCACAAAACAACGAUGUCCUAACCUUCCAGGCACGUCUCCCACUCAUCGGCAUACAAAAGCUAACAAAGGAAAGACAAACUCCUAGCAUCCAGAGCUUCUGGAAAUUGGCUUUCCGGCCUUCCUUACUGCCUUCCCGCCUUCCUCCUGGCAGAUGCCCUACUAUUAGACCUCCGCGCAUUCCCGCGGCCGAAGUGCAUUCCCGAAAUGCCAAACUGCGCUUAAGGCUGGGGUGCGCCCGAAACCAAAGCGCGCGCUCCCAGAAACAUGCAAACACAGACAUUGCGAGAACGUGCCAAGCAGCAUCUCGCGAUUUCCAGUAGUGCUCUAGGUGAGAAUAGGGUCGCCGUGGGUCGGGCACUUGUAGGGCGUUGGUGGGCUCUGGCGUCGGUGCAGGCCGGCGGAUAUGUAUAUCGCCUCCGACAGCUGACUUCUCCGGGGACCAGUAGAACUUAAAGAACCAAAUGGACUGGUCGUGAAGGACCAUCCGGCGGUAACAAAAAAAACUGGGCAAGAGGUUAAACAAGGUAAAAGAGGAAUCCAUCCUCACCUGAGACACUCCACACACCUCGUUAGUGCGGUCACGGUGUCAUAUGUCCAACAGUAUACCGGUAAAUCGGAAGAGCAACCCAAACCGAGCACCGGAUACCGGAUGUCCAAAUUUAAUCGCUAUAAAGGAAGCAAAGCCACCACUCCUGCGCGUGGCGGAGGGUGUGAGGGCAAAUACCCCUCGCCGCACGUCCCGCGAUAGAACGCCUCUUAAUCUCUACCUCAUAGGUGUCUGUAGCCAGUCUUCCAACCAAAAGUGACUAAGCAAAAAUUUGGGUGAUUUAGCCCGUUUCCCUUGCAAAAUGUGUAACAACAUCAGUUUAAAAUUGUUUGCAGAAAGAAACUAAAAUCAGCGAAGCUUAUCUCAAUUUAGCUGAAAGAAACAAUCCAAUCUCCCAAUAAUCCCUUCAGAAUGAAACCCAAUGAAAAGAAAAGAAAAGAAAAGUCCUGCGGAAAA